AUGAAUAACAAAAAGAAAUUCAUUGUCAGUUGUCAAGUGAAGAACACCUGUCCUAUAAAUAGUUUGUCAAAUUCCAUCAGUUGUAUUCAUUCUACAUUCAUAUUCAUAUUACUACACUCAACGACAUACCAACGCAAGAACAUGUGGGGAAACAGUUACAAUCCUUAUGCUUCACUUCAACGUGAUUUACAAUCAAGCAGCUGGCUUAGUCCAACAUUGACAACUUCAAUCAGCAAUCCCUAUGGUUCCAGCUAUCUCAGCGGUUUGACAAAUCCAUUUGCUGGACAAACAUACGGAAGUUCUUAUCCAACAUUUGGCAACUAUGGUUUCCCAUUCCGAAGAUGGUAA